AAAGUGUUCGUGAGCAGCGAAUAUGUUCCGAAUGAUCUGAUGAUGGUUCGAUUAAAUACGAUUUUUAGUUUUUAUCCAUUUACUUAAUUUGUUGUAAUCGUUUACUGUGAAGUGUUAGUUUGAGUAAUAAAUUCUAUUAAAUUGCUGUACUAAAUUAUAGUACUACUUUUAUUAGAAACUUAGUUAAACUUGUUCAUAUUUUUUUUUUUUUUUAAUUUUCUCAUGCUUAAUUUGCAUUUAUAUUUUAAUUAUCAGAUUUAAGUUCAGGUUCAUGGUUGUGCCUUUAGCUUGACUUUAUUAGAAAUUAUGGACUUCUCAAUACUAUAAUACAUUUUAAUUCAACAAUUAAAGAGUAUUAUUCUUUUGACUCAGUUUUUAGAUAGUUGAAUAGUUGUAUUAAUAAUGGGUGGUAAGACAACAAAGUUAUUUAGAGGCUCACCUCAACCAAGUACCAAUGCUCAAACUGAUACUGACUCCCCAUAUCACGAGCAUCAUAGAAACUAUAACAACCAUGACAUUCAACGACCAGAUGAUACCGUUAUGAAAAAUUCAUUAAGUCCAUUUGUAUAUUUUAGGAGAGGGUCAAUGUAUAUUGAUGAGGAUGGUGAUAUAGCACAUGAAUUUUAUGUAGAAACAAAAAUAGGAUCAAAAUUAACUCUAAAACGAAUCAGUAACCAGCAUUUAAAACCUCAAGGAGAUGUACCUUUAGAUGUACCAUGCUUAAGAAACGAUUAUCCAGUUAUCUUAUUGGACCAGAACAUAAUAAAGGAAUGAUUUGUUUCGUAAAAUAAAAGUUAUUGAGUAUAAACAACACCAUCGUUCCUAUGAUAUUGUUCUUUUUCCCGUUUAUUAAAAAUUUAAGAUAUAUUAAUGAAUUACCAAAAAUAUUAUAAUUUGCAUCCAGCAAUAUCAAUUAUAAGUAUAGAAAAUUAAAUACUUAUCUUGGUAUACUGAUUGCAGUAAAUGUCUACUUAUUAUUGUAACAUCAGCAUUUAUGUAUAAACUUAAGACCUAAAUUAACUUAAUGAAUUUAUAAAGUGAUUACUUCCAUACUUGUGUUCUAUACAUAAUUUAUUGUAUUAGUUUAUUGAAUUGAGAGUUAAAAAAUUGUUUAUCAAUCGAUUUUUACUAAUUCAAUUAAAUAUGUAACAAACAAUUAAUGGGAUGUCACUUUGUUUAAAUUAAAGAUGACCACACAUAAUGCUUAUGGUAUGUUGAACAAUUUUUUGUAGAUAAAUUAUGACUGACGAAAUAAUCAAUAAUAUUAUACUAAAUAAGUUUAUUCAUUAAUUAAAUAUAUGGAUACCAAAAAUAAAGUUUAGUUAAAGAACUUAAUAAAUCAAUGACUGCAGAAAUUCUUUCAAUUAUUAUUCUUAUCAUUAAUCAAUUACAUUAAAAAUAAAAUUAUACCCAUUUCACCAUUUUUUUAUAAUAAAACUUUAAUUUAAUCUAUUUGUUUGGUAUGUUAAAAAAAAGAUCAGUGGUUAUAACAGAUUUAACCAAUAAAUCAUAUUUUUAAUGUUAACAGUUAAUAUUAUAAUUUUUAUGUUUACCAUUUUAUGUUAUAAUUGACUUUAAGAAACAAUUACCUACACAAUAAUAUGAUAUUAAUGUUAUUAGUUGAGUUUAAUAUUAUUAUUUUAGUCAUUUUCUUUAUGUUUAAAUAUUUUAUACAUGGUUCAUUAUUGUUGUGUUUGUUUGUCUUAGUAUAUAAGUAAAGUAAUUUUAUUGUUUUGUGUUUUUUUUUUUUUUAAAUCUUACAUUUUACUGUAAUAUUAUGCUAGAUUAUUAUUUUUAAUAAUUAAUAUAGCUUGUUACUUAAUUACUUUAAUUGAUCAUAGAUUUUUUUCUUAUUAAAAAAAUAUAUACAUUGGAAGGUUGUAAUAGUAAUGUAUUUGUUUGAUUUUAAUAGUUAAAAAAUGUUGUUUUCACUUUCAUUGUUUUAUAUUACAUAUAUAAAAGUUUAAGUUGAAAACUAAAGUCAGUCUCAUUUUAUUACAUCAAAUAUUAAAGUAAAUAUUUAAACAUUUGAUAUGCGCAUUGUUUACCUACAUUAUAUUUAUAUAUUUAUUGACAGUAUUCUUAUUGAUUUUACAUAACUGUACUCAAUAUUACUCAUAAUAAAUUAAUUAAAUUUGAUGAUUUA